ACGCGUUGAACCAGAACCCGUCUCCUUCAAGGUCAGCCAAGUUGAGGUAAACAUCGAAGGUGUCAACGAAAGUGAAUCUUCAUCGAACCUACAUGGAUAAAAAUAUAAACCAUGGAAUACGCUCUGUACAUUGCAAUGGAAGCAAAGUGUGAUUUCACUGAGGAAAACUUGCAGCAAAUUAGGCGACGGUGGUGCCUAGUUCUCCUGCAGAACAUUCCCAUGCUGAUGAUGUAGAAGACACCUCCCCCAAGAUGUCGCAUCAGCAUCCAGCUCUGCAGGAUCAGGUACUGUAUAGGCUAUUAGCUAAAGUAAGGUGCAUUCUUGUACACACAUCCCUAGAGGUUCCCUUACAUUACUUAAUGACCACAAUCUGUUAUCUUUCUUGACAAUACUGAAAACAAACUGCGUGGCGAACUGGGAGCUGUGAACUGGGAAGCGGAUGUUCUUCUAAGGGACACCCUAGAGGCAGCAAGGGCUAAGACAAUAAGGGAAACAUGGCGGACGCGCCCAAACUAAAAGAAAAGUCCAAGAUCUCCUCAGCCCGACGGUUGGGGUUGAAGAUCAGAUUGCUGACAGUAGCUGGCCAGAUGCUAGAGGUUGAGACGGAGGAGAAGAAGAGAGAAAGAGAAGAAGCUCUGGCUGAGAGAGUCCCUCCUCUCAAGCUUUCUGGCUUGUCUGUGGAUGAGCUCAUGGAUUUGUGCAAAGAUCUGCAACGUAAGAUCGACGUGGUAGAUGAGGAGCGAUACGACGUGGGACUGAAAGUAACCAAAACUGACAAGGAGUGCCAUGAGUUGGGUCUGAAGAUCAUUGAGCUGCAGAGCAAGUUCAAGAAGCCAAGCCUGAAGAAGGUGAAGAUCUCAGCUGAGAUGAUGCUCAGUGUUCUGCUGGGCUCCAAGCACAAAGAGACAAUCGACUUCAAGUCCAACCUCAAGACAGUCAAGAAAGCAGAGGAGAAGAAAGAGGAGGUCACCGACUGGCGUCAAAAUGUGGAUGCCAUGUCAGGCAUGGAGGGCAGAAAGAAGAUGUUUGAUGCUUAAUAAGAUUAGUGAUGAUUAUCAAGGAAGGCUUUUCUGAUUGGAAAUAAAAGAAGUAGAAAAGGAGAGGACAACUGAAGGUACCAAUUAUAACUGUAAGAGAUAACUGAGUGAACACAUGGAGAAGAAAGAAAAAGUUAUUGAAUAUAUUUGUUAUUUUUUGUACAUGAAAUCAACAUUUUAAUUUAAAUAACUAUAUGAGACUUUUGAAGCAAAUAUAAAUAGUUAAAAUAUGUUUUUAUUAAGUAUUAAUACAAUAUAUAUUGUAUCUGAGCAAAUGCAUGUCUUUAUUUGAAACACCUGUAUGCAGAAGUUACAAGACAAUAAAAAAAAAAUGGUUUGAGUA